GUGCCCACCAGGGGACGCUGCGGGGCGGCGGUGGGACGCUUCGAAUCCUGCCCCGUGCCCAUGAGGACGGGCGGGAGCAGCUCGGCCGCCAGACGGCCCCGUAAGCCGCAGGCACGAGCUGGCUGGAGCCGCCACCCCGAUCCCCUCAGGCGCCCCCCGGCCGCAGCUGGCCCCACCUCUCCACCCCCCCGGCCUGGCCCGCCACGCUGCCUUUCCCUGGUCAGUGCCACUCCCGCCCCUGCCCUGCCCCCCAAGGCCAGAGCCGCCUCCUCCUCCCCCCCCGGAGGAGCCGCCGCCGUGUUCUUCCUCCCGAAUGACACGGCAGGAGCCCGCGCCCUCCAGACAUGCUGUGCGCUGCCCGCGCCUGCAGCGCUGCACGGGGGGCUGCCGAGCCUGCAGGCACCAGCUGCCGCCGCCGCUGCUGAGCCGCCACUUCAGCAGGAACAGGCAGCCCCAAGGCCGGGGACAGUCCGUGUCUCUGGGCUCGGCUCAGCCCAGCCCGCCUGCUUGGAGCCCCGCUGCAGCAGCGGCACCUUGUGAUCGCCUGCCGAGUUAGGGGCACCUCGCCAGCCUCUGCUGCUGCUGCUGGGGUGUGGGCUCGCCCUGUCCUUCCCCUUUCCCUAUCACCUGCCGCGCUCGGAAGGCAGCGAUCCCCAGCAGAAAGUUCAGCAAUGCAGGAAGUUUGGGGGCAGCUCGGAGAGUAGCUCAGGGGCUUUUGACUCAGCAUCCAAAAAAAAAAACCAAAACAAAACCCCACCCCACCCCAUAGGGGGAAAGAGGUGAGGGGGGGGGGCUUCCUUGGAGGAGGCAGCCGGGUUUCUUUGGGCAGAUACGGUCCCCCUCACAGCGGAUCCCAAUGCAACUGUCCGUCCGCCUCCUUCUCUACGUUGUAGUCUGUGCAAACUUUUGCAGCCGUCAGGGCACCUCUGCCCAGAGCGGAUCUAUAAAAGCCUUGCGAUCCUCUAAUCUCAAGCGAGAUGAGAGCAAUCACCUCACAGACUUGUACCGAAAAGAAGAGACCAUCAGUGUCGGAGGAAAUGGCUGCAUCCACAGUCCUCGCUUCCCAAGUAGCUACCCGAGGAACCUGUUACUGACAUGGCGGCUGCUCUCGACAGGGAGUACAAGGAUACAGCUGGCCUUUGAUAAUCAGUUUGGAUUGGAGGAGCCAGAAAAUGAUAUCUGCAGGUAUGACUUCGUGGAGGUGGAAGAUCUAUCUGAAACUAGCACAGUUAUCCGAGGACGGUGGUGUGGUCACAAGGAAAUUCCUCCAAGAAUAACAUCCAAAACAAACCAAAUAAAGAUAACCUUCAAAUCCGAUGACUAUUUUGUGGCUAAACCUGGAUUCAAGAUUUAUUAUUCCCUUGUGGAUGAUUUCCAGCCUGCAGCAUCAGAAACCAACUGGGAGUCAGUCACAAGCUCUGUCUCAGGGGUAUCCUAUCCCUCUCCAUCAGUGACCGACCCUACCCUGACUGCGGAAGCACUAGACCAGACCAUCGCUGGAUUUGACACUGUGGAGGAGCUGCUCAAAUACUUUAAUCCUGAAUCGUGGCAGGAAGAUCUCGAAAAUCUGUACACAGACACUGGACAUCAUUAUCGAGGCAGGAGCUACCGUGACAGAAAGUCCAAAGUUGACCUGGACAGACUGAACGAUGACGUGAAACGUUACAGCUGCACUCCAAGGAACUACUCUGUCAAUUUAAGGGAGGAACUGAAGCUGACAAACGUCGUGUUCUUUCCCCGCUGCUUCCUGGUCCAGCGCUGUGGGGGGAAUUGUGGCUGUGGAACAGUGAACUGGAGAUCCUGCACCUGCACCGCAGGGAAAACAGUGAAGAAAUAUCACGAGGUGCUGAAAUUCAUCCCUGAGUCAGGCCAUCCCAGGAGGAAGGGCAGAACCAAGAACAACAUGGCCCUAGUGGAUAUUCAACUGGAGCAUCAUGAGCGCUGUGAUUGUGUUUGCAGUUCAAGACCACCCCGAUAAAAACAGAACAAAGCACACUAUUUGCAGCUCACAGGACCUUUUAUUUUAAGCAGGAGCCCUCAGAGGACAUUCUUCCACUGAUAAGCAAACUUUGCUAGUAGCCUGCAUUGCGAUAAGCAAAAAUGAAUGCUGUGUUUCAGCAUAGCUAUAUUGAUUAGUGCCAUGGCAGCUAAAAAGGUAUAUCAUAGAUUUGUGUUUUAGCAGCCAAGAAUAUAGAAUUAAGUUUAGCAAUAUAUGGGGACGGUUGAGAUUUUCAAAGUUGACUAUGGGACUUAACCGCACAGUUCCCACUGAAAUGUAAUCAAAGCUGUGUAGCUAAAUCCCCUUGCUGGCAGUGGAAAGUUCCACUGAGAUAUUUGAGCUAACCUUAUAUACCUGUCUCUCUCUCACUCUAACUCAUCCACAUCCAAAUUCUGCGCUCAUUUAUACCUGCUCAACUCCCCUGAAGUCAGUAGGGCUACAUGAAUGUAAAUGAAGACUGAAUUCGAUCCAAUAUUCAUACAUAAUGGUUAUCCAGUUUAAUCCUGCUCCUAGGUGGAACAUCCCCUUGCUCCUUUGAAACACACACAUGGCAAAUAGAAAACAACAUGAAAUAAAUCUAGUGUGAAGUCAAAUUGUCCAGUCUGUAUUCAAGCAACACACUGAAAUCAGCUGGUGCUUUGCACAAGGAUAUGAACCUGAGUGCCACCAUUUCCCAUUGAAGUCCUGCCACCUAAUAAGAGUUGUGUAUAAUUUCUCAGGAUUGGGCCCUUGGACAUUUUCUUCUUCCCUGUGUUUCUAGGUAGACAGUCAAAACGGAACAUCUUGGUUGCUGAAAAUACCCACUCUUCUUGCAUGUAUAUUCAAGUUGGAAACAAAACUUCAGUGUUCUAGCUUUUAGAGAACAGAUGAAAUAUCACUGUUGUUUUGUUUGUACUUUUUAAAGUAAGGAAUACUAUAACCUUGCCAGUAUAUACAGUAAUCUUAGUUGUUUGACUUUAGUAGUAUAUAUUGCCAUGAUCAAACUCUUGGACUGAAUAUCUCUUGGACCGCAUUUCGCUGAGGCAUAUUAAUUCAUUACGCCACACCUGUCUUUUGAAAAAUUGUCAGCGUUCAUUAAUUUUCACAAAAAGAAUUAUUCACCUCUUGAUAAAAUAAGCACCUUAAAAGCUACAGCAUAGCUUCCUUGCCUAUUAAAAUAUCAAUGGGCUCUGACUAAAAAAAGGCAGGGGGGAAAUGCUGUCCAAACUAGCUUUAAACACUCUGAGAUACUGCUCUGAAAGUUGUCCAGUGUAAAAAGUAUGCUAGGUAUAAAUCUGGAUCUGGAAGAGAACUGAACUUUUGAUUGUGAAUGUAAUAGAGAAAAUGGAGUGGAACAUUUAAUGGCCAUGGAUCUCUAUUUAAUAGUAUACUAAAGCUGCAUUUGUUCUGUUUUAUGUGUGUUGCCUCUGUGUUCUUGUCUGUCAGAGAGAGAGAAGUAGUCUUACAAUAGUAUUUCAUACAGUAGCUGAAAUUGGCACAUGCAAUCACAUAAUAUUGAGAACUUUUAAAAUUAUUGGGUUUUAGUAAUAAAAUCAGAGCUAUAGUUAAAAAAAAUGCCCUAAAGUUCUGAAUUAGUUCCUUCAUCAAGUAAAAUCCGUUACCUGAUCUUUGUUUUUAUAACUUUAUCAACCCUUUCCAGAAACGUACCCUAUAAAUAUUGUGAGUAUUACUUUCUCUACUCUAGUUGAACAUUUGAGAUGUUUUUGUUUUGAUAUUUUUAAAAUAUAUUUAUAUUAAUUUUUCCUCUCUGGCUCCCAAAAGUCUAUUUUAAAAGGCACUUGAAGACUGAAAUGGGAGGUGAGUCAUCAUUUUUCAAAGCAAUUCACUUUAAAGAACAGCAUUGAGACCAAAGAUUGCCAGAUAUAUUAGUUAUGUCAGGGUUGUUCAAAGGCAACUUCAUUCUUCUCCUGUCUCUAGUUUAAUAACAAGCGUGGCCAAUCUUACUUAUUUUGGAAAAAUCUGUAUUUGACACCAGUACAACCACUCUCCUUACUGGGCAUUCCUGACUGACCUGUGGCAGGAACAGGCCUGGUCUUCAGUUUGUGGAUCUUUUUUAUGAGCACGUGGUUUCAUGUUACUUUUUGCUUUGUCUUAUUCAUUGAUUCCCAACCCUUUGGGGAAGCUCUGCCAGUUUAUCUGACUAAGUUCUCAGCUGUGCCAACCAGAGACUGCAAAAGUCAAUUAAGUGCAGGCAAUAAUGGUACGCCAGGGCUCAGCACAGAAGCUUUGCAUGUGAGUAAGAAGGAAUCUAGUGUGAGACGUCAGUUGGACUACUUACUAGUUUAAAGUUAGGCAUUCGUUUAACUACUUUGCUGAACUGGGGAUUAAGUGGAAAAAAAAGCCCUCCUAUUACACUUCGCACUGAUUGGGAACCAGUGAGCAAAUGGCUACCCGUUGUCAUCAUUUGCUAUGAAGAUCAUGGUUUCCAUGCCACAGGCCAGUGCAGAAUAAAUAGGAUUCAAAUUUGUGCUUUGUGUUGAAGUGGUAAGGAGAAUAAUGUGUAGCGUGACUGAAUGAAACAAAGCUUCUAAUAAACCAUGAUCCAAGCUGCAAUAACCCAUGAUAGAGUCAAACAGCAGAAACACCCUAGCUUUUUAUUUAUUGCCAGAAAAUGCAAAGAGGCAUGUUUCUCUCUCCUUUAUUUUUUCUUUCAUUGUACUUUGUAAUAGCUUCUACAUGUGUAAUAGCUUCUCCAUUGUUUAUGUAUUAUUUUUAACUUAAAAAUCACCUUUCUUCACACACACAAAAAACAGCUAGAUUUUUUUAAUGGUUCAAGGAAUUUGAAACCCAAAAUAUAAAUAUAAUUUUCAAAGGAACCAUAAAUAGAGCCAUAAUUUCAAGCAACUCACUACUUUUUUAUUUUGUGUAAUCUUCUAGGAUAGAACGUACUUUCUCAAGUGCAAUUUAUAUAUAUAUUGUUAUCAGUUAAAUGCAGCUUUUAUAGAAAGGCUUUUCUACCGCAUUCAAUAUAUAAUAUUUUUCUUUUUUUUUUCUUGAUGAAAAAUAAAUACUGCUUUUGA